AUGAUCUCUUCUAUGCUGAUGCAAGGUUGUGAGAAAGGAUGGCAUGGAAGAACAGAAAUCAUUAUUGAAGAUCUCCCUGUACUUUUUACAACUACAACAUCAGAUGGUACUGAAAGUGAGGACUCAUCUGUGACUUCAAAUGAGGACAGGAAUCAACUCUUGUCUCAGACCAUAGUUAAUUCAUUUUUACAGUGUAAAUUGAAGAAGAAAAUAUUGAAAAACCUCUUGUUACCUGGCAUAAGGAUAAGUUCAAAACUGUUGACCAUUGCCUUCUAUGACUGUGAAAAUGAUGUACUUCUUGAAUCUAGUGUUCUAGAACUGUUUUCUGGUUCAAAAACUUUAAAUUAUACAGUAAUUUUGUUCCUGUGGCUGACACUGAAUUACAGACUUUUCUGCACAGGCAUUACUGAUGAAAUGAAGCAGUUUAAAGCUGAUUUUUACAAACGCCUUGAUGACCAUCUGUAUAUUUACUUAAAUGAUGUAACAAAAUCUGUGCAUGAGCAAUGUAAACCGCCAACAGAUAAUUCUUCAUGGGCAAAUAAUCCAGGAAAAAUAUGUAAAACAAGGAAUUCCACAGUAACAUAUUUGAGUGUGCCACUAGAUUUUGACCCUUGUUGAAGUACAUAUCUAUAAAAAGAGUGACAAAGCAAAAGUGAUUAGUUUAACACCAAAGUUUCAUGAUGCUAAACUUAGGAUUCUAUAACAUGUAAUAUUAUAAACUUUUUAAUUACUGACUACAGCUGAAGAAUGACGGGUCAUAUGUUGAUAAAGUAAAUUAGUUAUAAUUUUAAAAGGAGCAUGCCACCAGAUUAAUGUCAACUUUAAAGGGACUCGACUUCGGUUUUUUAAACAUGACAGGACUGGAAAUAAAUUUUUAUGUUUCAUUUAACGUAGGUCUAGACAAAUAACUUGUGUGCAAAAUUUCAGAUCAUUCACUCAUUUAGUUUUUCCAGAGUCAUUAUUCUAUUUGUGAAAAAUUUCCCAAAAGUGAAAAAUAUUGCAAUGCUUUUUCUCUCAAAGUGGACAGAAUACAGUACAAAAAUAUACCUUUCAAUUUAUUCCUGAGUAAACACAUUUCUAAAUGAAUAUGAAUUUGCAUAUUUUUGUUUGUUUUAAAUGCCCAAGUCGAUCUUUGUAAGAAAUUAAAUUUUAUGUUUUUCGACUUUUGGACCUCAGUGGAAUUCCUUUAAUUAAAAGAUACAUAAAAAUUAUGUAGAAAAAAUGUAAUGAGUAAAAAUGUUGUUAAAUGUACAAUUAAUGUCUUACAGACUUAUACAUAAUUAUACUAUCCACAUAAAUUAUCUGUAACUUGGUCCCAAAUAUACAGACAAUGUGACCCAAAUAUACAUUCUCCAUUAGUAAUGGAGUACUCUUUUGUGAUCAAAAUAGUAAAAUCUGUCCUAUUGUACAUUCAAACUUCAAAACUUUAUCUUGAUUGUGGGUUUAAGUUGCAUUUCUUUAACUAUAAGUAUAUUGUUCAUAAAUUUAUUUCUUCAAAGAUUUAUUCUACACUCCAGUCUUUAUGGGAUGUGCCACUUUAAUAUAACUUUCUAAAAAUCUAAGAAUUGCUUGUUAAU